AUGGGUUCUUCCAACGAAAACGAAGCGACGCAAAUUGUUUCCACCAACUCUCGGCCACCAACGCUCACCCAACUCCUUGGUAGUUGUGCUCCAUCCAGUUGGUUUCACCCGCCACCGCACCACGAUGGAGCGUGUCACUCAACUGCCGCGCGCGUUCAAGCCGAUGCUGGGACGACCGCCUACGAUUGCGUCGCCCGGCUGGGAGGAUUGAAAUGGGACACACCCGCGUCACCUGGCGUCAGGGUUCUCAGCUCUUUCUUCGAUCUACUGGAGCAACACCCCUCAUUGCUGGACCUGUUCCGCGAGGAGCUAGACGCCAUCAGCAAUGCUCCUCGCAGCGAGAUGGCUCGGAAGAGCGAGCACCACGUCGAGAUUUCGUUCCAAGACCUCUUCGCUAGCGGUCUACGAUCUGCAACGGCGGCGCUGCUCAACCAUCAUGCCGCGAUCACCGAGGCCGUCGGGGCUUCUUCCGCUUCCGCAUCGACCUCCGCGACGAGACCCAGGUACUCGCUUCGGUUGACCGACCCUGAACGUGCUCUCCGCACGCAGGGCGAUGCUGUCAUCUACAUUCAACGAGGGGCUGGCAACGUCGUUUCAAGUAUCUCGAUCAAACUAGGUUCGGCGGCGCGCUCCGCGCGCCACCUCACACCGUAA